AUGUAUGUGAAAUGGUUUGAUACAGUAAUGUUUUACUAUGUGAUUUUAGUGAACGUCACUUUUUGUCAUUUUCAAAUUUCCCGCUGUUCUGUCCCCGUACGUCCCGACGUCGCAGGGAACGGAACCCAGAUGACAGAUGCCGGCAUCCGCCGGAUUACAUUACCGGGGACGCUGCAGGGGGGACAUAGCGGGAGCGCAGGACAAGGUAAGAGAAGAAUAGAUCCCGGAGCAGCUCAGCAGGGUAUUCCCGAGUGUAGCUCAGAGUUACCACUUGUGCUACACUUGGGAAUACCACCAGGGAGGCUA